AUGGCAUUAGUUGGUUUGUUGAUCCCCUGCUUUGUGAUCAGCUUUGAUGUCACCCACUCUUGCCAGAAUGCUGACAAUUUUGUGGGUGCCAGUUCUCCCGGGGACAUUGUCAUCGGAGGUCUGUUUGCAGUUCAUGGCAAAAUGCUACAUCCAGAAGAACACCCCAUGAGACCAGUGAUUCAGAAUUGUGCUGGUUUCGAAAUUCAAGUGUUUCUUCAGACUCUUGCGAUGAUACAUGCCAUUGAAAUGAUCAACAAUUCAACGCUGUUAUCUGGAAUUAUACUGGGCUAUGAAAUCUACGACACUUGUGCAGAAGUUACAAAAGCCAUGGGAGCAGCUUUGAGGUUCCUGGCUAAAUUCAAUGCUUCCAUGGACACAGUAGAAUACAAGUGUAACUUUUCAGACUACAUACCAAGAAUUAAGGCUGUCAUAGGUUCCAGCUACUCUGAAAUAGCAAUGGCAGUUUCAAGGCUGUUGAAUUUGCAACUAAUCCCACUGGUUAGUCACGCAUCAAGUGCUGAAAUCCUCAGUGACAAAAUCCGCUUUCCUUCCUUCUUACGCACUGUGCCUAGUGAUUUUUAUCAGACGCGAGCAAUGGCCCGCUUGAUCCACAGGUCUGGAUGGAACUGGAUUGGAUUAAUAGCCACCGAUGAUGACUAUGGGCGAUCUGCUCUGGAAAGCUUUGGGAUACAGGCCAUGGCGAACAAUGUUUGUAUCGCUUUUAAAGAAAUGUUGCCAGCCUAUCUCUCUGAUGGCACCAUUAAUGCCAAAGUUAAUCAAGCACUUGAGAAGAUUGUCCAGGAAACCAGGGUAAAUGUAAUCGUUGUCUUUCUCAGACAAUUCCAUGUGACGAAACUAUUUCGAAAAGCAAUUGAGAGGAACAUACAUAAAAUCUGGAUUGCAAGUGAUAACUGGUCAGCUGCCGUCAAGAUCACUACCAUUCCCAAGAUCAAGCACCUUGGAACAGUCGUGGGAUUUGCAUACAAAAGUGAAAACCUUUCUACGUUUCAUGACUUCUUGAAAACCCUGCAUUUGCAACCCACUGAAAACAACAUGUUCUUAAAAGAAUAUAGUGUGCUUUUGUCAACCUGCGCACAUGUGGAGGACCAGGAUUUGAACAAGUGCAUUUCAAAUUAUUCUCAGGAGAAUUUGAUCUACCAGGCUGGGAUACACAGUCAGAUCUGGAGAGAUGAUUUUCUGAGGGCCAACAUUGAGCCAGGAUUUAUCCAGAGUACUAUGCUCGCAGUCCACGCUAUUGCAUAUGCUGUACGGGAGCAGUGCAAAGACAGAGACUGCAAGAAUCCUGUUGCUUUUGCCCCCUGGGAACUGCUUGAAGAACUUAAAAAAGUAACAUUCAAUGACAAUGAAAAAGAAGUUCAUUUUGAUGCCAAAGGAGACCUUAACAUGGGAUAUGAUGUACUUCUCUGGAAGGAAAUCAGUGGCCACAUGGUGAUCACUGAGAUAGCAGAAUAUGACCUGCAGAAAGAUGAUUUUAUCUUCAAGGAUGAGGAGAAAGAAAUGGAGUUUCUGAAUUUAAAGAAAGUUAAAUCAACAUGCUCCACGAAAUGUAGACCAGGGGAAAUGAAGAAGGUUUCAGCAAGUCCGCACACAUGCUGCUAUGAGUGUGUGAACUGCCCAGAAGACCAUUAUACUAAUCAGACAGAUAUGGAUUACUGCUUUCUGUGCAACAACAAAACUCACUGGUCGCCUGUGAACAGUACUACAUGCUACAAAAAGACAGUCGAAUACCUCAGCUGGAAUGACUGGUUUGCUAUUUUGCUAAUAAUCCUCUCUGGCCUUGGAGUUCUGUUGAUUUUUGCAAUUAGCACAAUAUUUACUAGAAACCUGGAUACCCCUGUCGUAAAGGCAUCAGGUGGUUUAACUGUUUGUUAUGUUAUUCUCCUCUGCCACUUCUUCAUUUUUGCUAGCACUGUUUUUUUCAUUGGUGAGCCGAGGGAAUUCAAAUGCAAAACCCGGCAAGCUUUCUUUGGCAUCAGCUUUGCACUCUGCAUCUCGUGUAUUUUAAUGAAGUCACUGAAAAUUUUACUUGCCUUCAGCUUUGAUCCAAAAUUACAGAAUUUUCUGAAGUGUCUCUACAAACCUGUUCCUAUUGUGGUCACCUGCACCGGAAUUCAAGUUGUCAUUUGCACUUUUUGGGUAAUAUUUAGAAGCCCUUUUGUUGAGCAAAAUUUCUUUAUUCGAAGAGUUAUUAUACUGGAAUGUAAUGAAGGUUCUAUUGUGGCUUUUGGGGUCAUGUUAGGCUACAUAGCUGCUCUGGCCUUUAUUUGCUUCAUAUUUGCCUUUAAAGGCAGGAAAUUACCCGAGAAUUACAAUGAAGCUAAAUUCAUAACCUUUGGCAUGCUCAUUUACUUCAUAGCUUGGAUUACAUUCAUCCCUGUCUAUACAACUACGUUUGGUAAAUACCGGCCAGCAGUUGAGAUCACUGUUAUUUUAAUAUCAAAUUAUGGAAUUCUAUGCUGCACCUUCCUUCCUAAGUGCUACAUCAUUCUUUAUAAGCAAGAAACAAACACAAAAUCUGCAUUUCUCAAAAUAAUUUACAACUAUUCUUCCAAAAGUGCAGGCUGCCUUACGGUUAGCCAAAUUUCUUUGGAGUCUAACUGUACAGCCCCCCAGUAUCCCAUCACAAACUCUUGCUGUAAAUCUGAAAAAACCUCUGUGAAUGGCAACUGCCACUUUGAAGUCUCCAAACAUAGUCUGAUAAGAGAGAACGUUCCUCCAAAAAAUACUGCUGGGACAAUAUCAAGGAAGAGAUUGUCUAGCAUAUGA